AUGGGGUUUGGAGGUAGUCGAGACGGAGGUCGGAGUGAUGAUCCCCCUCCGUAUGAGGAUGUCGUCGCCUCGGGAUCAGCCCGUUCAAGUCUUAUCGUACCCCAUCAACCAGAUCUGUCUCCGGGAAAUAAUAUCGGCGAGGCAAGCAGCUCCUCUCCGAUGGCGUCGUAUCCAGGACCUAUUCCUCAGCAGUUCCCUCCUAUCUUCAGUUUCUACAAAGAUCGCUAUUCGCUGACGAUAACCAUCGCGCCGCAUCAACGCACGGAAACCAUCUACGCCGUCAGCCGGUACUACGGCGGCAUGGACAAGCCCGCCGUUCAGCUCCACUGCGGCCCCAAUGCCACCUUCCCCAUCAUCGCCGCCGCCGAGCUGCAGCCAUUCACGCGCGAUCGGCUCAUCACUCUGCCGCCGCUGCCCGGGUCUCCCGAGACGCCUACGGAGGUCCAGCUCCGCGCCGAGGAUCACUUCCUAACGAUGAAGUGGUGCUUCAGGAUAGAGGCGGGCCUUCCAGGAAAGCUCGAGAGCUACGAGUGGCGAUGCAGCGGCGGCGCGGCGGUCAGCAGUCUGGGCGUAGACUGGGCUCGGGGCUGGAAGCUGGUGCGGUUGGAGAAGGGACCGCCGGACGGGGCGCCGCCUGGCACCAAGUUUUGCCCUGGGGAGUUUGUGACUAGCGAUGGCUGGGAGGUGGUGGCCAUGUGGGCUCUCAGCGCGAUGAAUCUUUCGAGGGGAGGCGUGUUUGCGUUUAAUGGGACGGGGGCGUCGGGGUUGUUGGGGGAGAGGUGGGCGGUGAUGGCGGUGAUUUCGGCGUUGGCCAUUGUGGACUUUGAAGCGCGGAGGAAUGCGCGGCGAUCCAGACCGCCUUCCACCGCUUCCAGCCAAGCCAACUCAGCGUCCCCGUAUUCCCAGGAUAAUCUCUUCGCGUCUGCCUCCGCGGGGGAGCCUCUCUUCGCCAGCGCUUUCCCGUCCCCGGGUAACCUCCAGGCCUUCAACGGUCUCUCGGUCCCGUCCUAUCCUAGUCUUUUCGUCGACGUUCAGGACUGGCGAGAUCCUGGGGGUCUCGUCCUCGACGAGGCAGCCGCGUUUGAUUUUGGGCACGUGGAGGAUCCUGUGCUGGCUUCGGCUGAACAGUACGAUUUUCUGAACGAUAUGAACAUGGAUUUUACAGCUCUUGCCCACUUCAACCCUCAACACCUAGACACUACACCCGCAUCGGACCCUUCAACAGUUUCCGCCACCCAAGCCACCAGUUUCCUAGACCUCCCGCCUUCCACCGGCGCCUCUCCCCUUUCCUCCUCUUCGACACACUCCAGCACCUCCAACUCCAAAAGCGCUUCGAAGACUCCCCACUCGCGUCCUCCCAAGGAAGACGACGAGGCAGCUGUGAAGCGCUACCGAAACACCCUCGCCGCUCGCAAGUACCGCCAAAAACGCAUUGACCGCAUCAAGGACCUCGAAGAGGCACUCGAGGAGGUCACUCGUGAAAGGGACGAGCUGCGGAUUCAGUUGGCUCGCCAGGAGGCUCAGAACGAGGCGCUCAGGUCGAUGAUGAAGUUGAAGGAGAGUGGUUCUUGA